CCUGCUACAUGGCAGUAUGAUCCCAACUGUGGUGGUUGCACGGAGGCCAAAAUUGCCAACAUGACCAGUGCCAAUGGUCCUGUUUGCAUGAGCUACUGCCAGUAUGUGGGAACUGCGGUCUGGCAAUAUGACCCAGAUUGCCAAGGAUGCACCCAGGUGCGCUUGACACAAGACUCCAAGGGAGAGUGCAAGGACUACUGCCAGUACGAGCCUUCGAACGUAUGGCAGUACGAUGCUAAUUGUGGAGGAUGCACCCCUUCUAGCUAACGCUUUGUCAACCAUUUUGGGCCAGGCAUUCAACAUCUUGCGAUGUUCGUUAUUAGCCGUUACAGGAGGCUCAAGGCUCUUGUUUGGGCCAAUCGCUCCGCAGACAAAAAGGAUCGGCAUGGCAAGCUGGUGCCAGUAUGAGGGGACUGCCGCAUGGCAGUAUGAUCCCAAUUGUAACGGCUGCACAUCCUCACUCAUUCAACAGUUUGCAGCACAGGUGCCGGGAGUUUGUGCCACCUGGUGCAAGUAUGAGGGACCUGCUACAUGGCAGUAUGAUCCCAACUGUGGUGGUUGCACGGAGGCCAAAAUUGCCAACAUGACCAGUGCCAAUGGUCCUGUUUGCAUGAGCUACUGCCAGUAUGUGGGAACUGCGGUCUGGCAAUAUGACCCAGAUUGCCAAGGAUGCACCCAGGUGCGCUUGACACAAGACUCCAAGGGAGAGUGCAAGGACUACUGCCAGUACGAGCCUACGAACGUAUGGCAGUACGAUGCCAACUGUGGAGGAUGCACACCCGCCUCUUUGUCUCAGGGCGUUGCUCAGGAGUCUGAGCAAAAUUGCAAGGGGCACUGCAAAUUUGUGGGCGCUGCUGUUUGGGCCCGUGAGGCUGAUUGCCGUGGCUGCCAAGCUUCGCUGAUGCAGCAGCACACAGCACAGGUGCCGGGAGUUUGUGCCACCUGGUGCAAGUAUGAGGGACCUGCUACAUGGCAGUAUGAUCCCAACUGUGGUGGUUGCACGGAGGCCAAAAUUGCCAACAUGACCAGUGC